AUGCCACCUCCAAGAACCCGAUGGGCACUCAUCACAGGAGCAAGUCCCGGCGGCAUGGGCGAAGCCGAAACCUCAGCCUUCCUAAAACGCGGCAUCAACGUCAUAUCAACAUCGCUCGAAGCGGACAAGCAAGAAAUCGAACACGUCAGUCCCAGCCCAGGCACUCGAGACGGCUUCCUCGUAAUCCUCCAUCUCGAUGUCACAUCUUCGAAAUCUAUCGCUGCGGCUGUCAAGACGGUUCACCAACUUACCGAGGGGAAAUUGGAUUGGUUGGUGAAUAAUGCAGGAUUGGGAUACUAUACUCCCCUCCUGGACACAUCCCUCGCACUCGCGAAACAGGAAUUCGACGUCAAUGUCUUCGGCCUUGUAGCCGUCACGCAAGCUUUCUUCCCCAUGCUCCGCGCCGCGAAGGGUUGUGUUGUGAAUCAAGGGAGUAUAGCAGGUUUGCCAGGGUUUAAUCGUCCUUAUAUGGGCUUGUAUUCGAGUUCGAAGGCUGCGGUUAUGAAUUUGAGUGAUACGAUGAGGCUUGAGUUCAGACCUUUUGAUGUUCGGGUGUGUACGCUGAUUACGGGGCCAGUGAAGACGGAGUUUUUUAAGAAUUUGCAGGGUGCUGAGGUGGAGGCGGAUUCGGUUUAUGGGGGGAUUAGAGAGGUUGUGAAUUCUAGGAUGCGUGGGUCGUUGGGUGGUGGGAGGGGUCAUGAUCGGUUUGAGGUUGCGAAUGCUACUGUUGAGGAGUUGCUUAGAGAGGAUGUGCCGGUGUAUGUUACGAAGGGGUAUAUGGCUGGAUUGAUAUGCUGGCUGCACUGGUUGCUACCGACUUCGUGGCUGGACUCUUACAAUAAUAGGGGGAGCGGACUAGAUCGUUUGAAGGGUUUGAUCAAUGGGGAGAUUGAGGAUGAAAAGUCUAAGUGA